CAAUGCGUGACCUGAUUAGCACGUUACCAGACGCUGUUCUCUGUUACAUUCUCUCCUUUCUCCCAACACGCGAUGCCGUCGCCACAAGUCUGCUUUCAAAGAGGUGGGAAACCCUCUGGCUCUCAGUCCCCAUUCUCGACAUCAACGACGAUACCUAUCACCAAAACGACAUGCCCCUCCCCUGCUUCGUUAAGUUCGCAUACGCAGCCAUUCUCGCUCUCGGUGUCCACCAAUCCGUUAAACGGUUCUGCCUCCUAUGUGAGGCUUAUGACGACGAGCCUUCUUUUUCCGAUUUCAAUUUAUGGGUAAGAACGGCAAUACGACACGGUAUUGAGCAUCUCCACCUCCAGAUGUCCUUUUCAGUUAGACUGAACUUGCCUUGCUACAUUUUCAGCCUCAAAACGCUUGUCGUUCUCAAGUUGAAUGGUUUAUCUGUCGAUUCCUUUUCUUCUGUUGACUUGCCCUCGCUCAAAACCCUUCAUUUGAAUCGCGUUAAUAUUUUGGAGCCUCGAUAUUUCGUCAAUCUUCUUAAUGGGUGUCCAAUUCUUGAGGAUUUGGAAGCAAAGAAUAUUGAUUUUAAAAUCUUAUCUGAUAUAAACUCUGAGGGAGACUUCAAAAUCUUGUCCAAUUUGGUCAGGGCAGAUAUUUCUCAACUUAAUAUGUUUUCUGUUCCUCUAAAAGUAAUUUGUAAUGUAGGGUUUCUGCGCAUACAAAAAGAGCUCAUCACAAACUUUCAAGUGUUUCCCAAUUUAACUCAAUUGGAACUCAUGAUUGAAGGCUUUGUUAACUUGACUUUCGUAUUUGAAACGCUCAAGCGCUGUCCCAAGCUUGAAAGUUUCGUCCUUGGUGAGACUAGAUAUACAGAUCCUAUAGAAGAACAGGUUUUGCCGAACCCAUUUAUUGUUCCUGCAUUCAUUUCUUCACAGCUUAAGAAGUGUUGUUUUGUUAAUUAUAUGGGCAAGGAAGCUUCGCUGCUACUUGCAAAAUAUAUUAUGCAGAAUUCAAGAGCUUUAAGAACCAUGAAAAUUUGCAGUGCCAUUCCCUCAAAUACAUGGCAAAAGCUUGAAAUGCUGAAACAAUUAUCCUUGUGCCCAAGGAGCUCUGCGACUUGUGAACUUUUAUUUGAAUGAUUACUGGUAGGCUUGUAAGUAGCUGAAAAUUGUAAAUUGUUCGUAUAUGGCUGCUUUUGUUAUUGGUCUUACUCUAAAUACAAUGCAGCUUCUGGUUUUGGCGGUUUUGAAGGAUAUAAAUUGUGUUUCAUUGUG